UGUUUAAGCCCUUCUCAGAAGUUCUUCUCUGUAAAGGAAUUUGAGUCAUCAAGCAGGUAAGGCACGUAUUGUGAUGGUCUCUCCCAAGAAGCUGCCAUUAGAUUGUGGCCUUGAUAUGCAAUGUUAAGAAGAGUUUCUUCUUAAAACAAAACAAGACUAAGUAAUAGGAAACUCUCAGGAUGAAAAAAAUAUCUAGUGAUUUGUGCCACUCUAAAUUACUACCUAGUCCUUGUCACACCUGCAUACUUGUGGCCACCGAGGAUGGGUCAUGUAGUGUGACACUUACCACCAUAUUAUUUCAUGUAGUUAUUUCCUUCUUGACAUAGAUUCACACACCUGAUUCUGGUUUGGGCUAUGGUCAAACUGGCUUCAGUGCCACUUUGAAUGUCUUUGGACUGGUCCCUUAAAAAGUUUUUUCUUCUUUAAUUCCUUUAGAAGAGAAAUAAAUUACUUACAUAGGAGGAAGUCAUCACAUGGAAAAAUACAAAUCUUGCUGUCAAUGAGAGGGAAAGUAAUUUGUUAUGAGGAACCAUCUGCCUGUUAACCCCAGGAAAAUAGAUAGCGAUAAAAUCUAAAUUGGUUGGUACUGCAGAGAAACAGGUACAUGGUUGAUGGUUCUGUGAAUUCACUCUUUCUGAAAAGCAGUCUAGCAGGAAGGGACAAAACCUCUAAAUGUAUGCAAACCCUUAGAUCCCUUGGUCCUACUUUGGAAGUAAUCCUAAUUAAAUGAACAUUUCAUUUCUUUAGAUGGUAAGCUUUUUAUCAUUCAUGUUUAUCACAUUCCUAUUUUCUCUUGUUCCUUUUUAUAGUCCAUUACAUUUUGUCAGCAAAAUGUUCUGUAAAUUUUCAGAGGUUCAGAGCAUCCUCAUCUCCAAUUUUUUUCAAUAAUUAGAAAUGUAUUUCCCCUCCACAGUGAAGCUAAAUCUACCAUUUUGUUUUCUCUUGGUAUUUGAUAAGGCUUUUGUUCUUGCCUGCUUGUCUCUUCAAUUCCUUAAACAAUCUGGAUUUCUUAAAAUGCUGUGUAUAGUCCUGAGUUAGGUUGGUGCUUUUCCAGAUUAAAACGUGGGCUGGGAAUGCAGGGUCGGAAGGUUACCUAAUUCAGUGGUCCCCACUGUGGCUGUGUGCUGUAUCACGAGAGAGCCUGACAGGAAAAAGAGAGAGAGGAGAGAUUACUGGCCUCUACUCCUGGACAUUCUGUUCAGUAGGCCUAGAUUAAGGGCCUGGCCAUCUGUGACCAGCCAGUGUUAAGAAACCACUGAUGUGGUCUGACACUCAUCACCAAUGCCUAGAUGCCUUUUAAUGUCUUGCCAUAUAUUAAAUAAUAGCCCUCCUCCUUGUCGUGUGGUUUUGGAAGACGUUCCUUGAUGGGGGUCCCUAAUCCCUGACAAAAUCAAGAUAGCAAAAGGAAGCUACAACCCAGGUGGAAAGCUCUGGGUCAUAGGAAGUUCCCUUAGAAGCUCAUCAAAGCUGCUCAUACAGCCUUCAGACCUCAGGGAUGGGCAGAGAAGAGCUGUCUGGCCUGGAGAGACCCUGUGAUCCUGAAUGUGGCCAAGACAUGGCCAUUUUUCAGGAACUGUCACUUCAAGGGCUUCACCUUGCAGAAUCCUUGCCCCUUUCCCAAGCCAGCACCUGCAUCUGAAAAGCAGCUUGACGAUGGGAUGAACAGUGAUGCAGUUGCUGGACGAGCCAAGGGAAGCUGCUCCCAUCCAUUCCAGCUCCUUCCCUUCCUGACACAUGUUUAUGUCAGGCCCCUCUACAGAAUAUGGGUGAAGUCACUCCCGGGGAUCUCUGUGAGCCCUGCCCCCGCUGUUGCCUCCUUCAGCCAAGCCCCAAGCCAGCCUCAGGCAUCGCAGACCCUCACGCCACUGGCUGUACAAGCUGCCCCCCAGGUCUUGACUCAGGAAAACUUAGCCACAGUUCUGACAGGAGUUAUGGUUCCAGCAGGGGCAGUUACUCAACCUCUUCUUAUCCCCAUCAGUAUUGCAGGUCAAGUGGCUGGUCAGCAGGGGCUGGCCGUGUGGACAAUUCCUACAGCAACCGUGGCUGCCCUCCCAGGACUGACCGCUGCUUCUCCUACGGGGGGAAUUUUCAAGCCACCUUUGGCCGGUCUCCAAGCAGCUGCCGUGCUGAAUGCCACCCUCCCAGCACCUGUACAAGCUGCCCCACCGGCCCAGGCCUCCUCACCCGCCCAGUCCCGGCCAACAGCCCAGCCCCAGAUGCUGUUCCAGAGCCAGCCGCUGCCGCAGCCCACAGCUGCCACCGCUACCGCCCCCACCCCCAAGCCAGUGGACACACCCCCACAGAUCACCGUCCAGCCUGCAGGCUUCGCAUUUAGCCCAGGAAUCAUCAGUGCUGCUUCCCUCGGGGGACAGACCCAGAUCCUGGGCUCCCUCACGACAACUCCCGUCAUUGCCAACGCCAUUCCCAGCAUGCCGGGGAUCAGCGGCCAGAUCCUCACCAACGCUCAGGGACAGGUCAUUGGAACACUCCCAUGGGUAGUGAACUCGGCUAGUGUGACAGCCCCAGCAGCAGCCCAAAGCCUGCAGGUCCAGGCUGUGACCCCCCAGCUGUUGUUGAAUGCCCAGGGCCAGGUGAUUGCAACCUUGGCCAGCAGCCCCCUGCCUCCUCCUGUGGCUGUCCGGAAGCCAAGCACGCCUGAGUCCCCUGCUAAGAGUGAGGUGCAGCCCAUCCAGCCCACGCCAGCCGUGCCCCAGCCUGCUGUGGUCAUCACCAGCCCGGCCCCAGCAGCCAAGCCGUCUGCCUCGGCUCCCAUCCCUAUUACCUGCUCAGAGACCCCUACUGUCAGCCAGCUGGUGUCCAAGCCACGUACCCCGAGUCUGGAUGAGGAUGGUAUCAACUUAGAAGAGAUCCGGGAGUUUGCCAAGAACUUUAAGAUCCGGCGGCUAUCCUUGGGCCUCACCCAGACCCAGGUGGGUCAGGCUCUGACUGCAACGGAAGGCCCAGCCUACAGCCAGUCAGCCAUCUGCCGGUUUGAGAAGCUGGACAUCACGCCCAAGAGUGCCCAGAAGCUGAAGCCAGUGCUGGAGAAGUGGCUGAAUGAGGCCGAACUCCGGAACCAGGAGGGCCAGCAGAACCUGAUGGAGUUUGUGGGAGGGGAGCCCUCCAAGAAACGCAAGCGCCGCACCUCCUUCACCCCCCAGGCCAUAGAGGCGCUCAAUGCCUACUUUGAGAAGAACCCACUGCCCACAGGCCAGGAGAUCACCGAGAUCGCUAAGGAGCUCAACUAUGACCGUGAAGUGGUGCGGGUCUGGUUCUGCAAUCGGCGCCAGACACUGAAGAACACCAGCAAGCUGAACGUCUUUCAGAUCCCUUAGGGCUCAGCCCUCAGCCCUGUGUUCCAGCACUUUGUACUUUUCCCCUGGCACCCAGCUGCAGCCGCUGCCGUGUCGGCACCUGUCAUUCCGCCAUAUGCAGUCGUGCUUGUCCUGGGUCGAGCGGCUCCUCUGUGUGCAUGUGCGUCAGCUGCCUUCCCACCCACAUCUCCCGUUGUGGAGAGGGCAGAGGGCCCACCUGGGAGCUACAGGCUGGGGGCUGGUCACGCCACGGGACCCCUCUCUUAAGUGGUAUCACUUAAAGAAGCACUUUGCUAAUGUGGGUUUUGAAGGAUGAAUUCUGGUUGGGAAUCAGAAACUCAUCUACUUUGAGGCAGGGCUUUAGCAGCCCCUAAGGACCACUGGCCCUUAGCUCCUGUUUUCAGUGGCAUUCUCUUUCUACCGUAUCUUCUCCUUUGCUCCUCUGUGUGAGUGUGGCAGGUAUGGUGCCAGUGGAAUCACAGCCUCCCCCUCCCCUGCUUUGCCUGCAGGCACUCUGUCCCCAUGAAAGGACCCAAGGGACACAGUUCUGAAAAAUGUGAUGUGCUGCUCGGAAGGUCAGACUCAGUGUCUGCCUUGACCUCAAGGUCAGCCCUAGAGCCACAAUAUGUGAUCUCCUCUCCCACCUCUCUCUGGUUCCUUUGGGGGGACAUUGCAUUAAAGCAGAACCUUUUCUUUUGUAAUCCACAUUGGAAAGGAGCAACAGGGAACCCUAGCUAUCCUGGAGGUGACUUGGGUCUGCAGCAGGUCAGGAACUUAGUAAACAAGGCCAUCCUCUCAGAUUUUACUCUAAUCUCUUUCAUGGCUAUCUCACCCCAAGACAGCAUGAGUUAGGAGAACUUGCAGCCUGGAAAAUCUCACUGGCCAAGCAAGUAGGCACUCUGAAGAAAAAUGAGGAAAAGAAUUCUGACUGUUUUUCUCUUGUCCUCAUGUUCACCACCAACCCAGUAUGGGGAUGUUCUCAGAAGGGGCAAAUUAAACAGUUAACCAGACAGCAAGGCCCUAGGGGAAAGGCCAGCAUCCAGAAAGAACUGAUGACAGCCCAGGAAGGUCUCUUUUGGAAGGUGACUUAACUCUAAUUUUCUUUGUAACUUUAAGCCUCGGAUACUGGAGGAGAUCUCAUCUCUUAUUUCAUCCAGAGUCUUACACUGUGUAUUUGUGUAAACAAGUGAGUCAAGAACACACCUGAACUAGGAUGGGUUUUGCCUCUAGAGAGGGCAACUAUGGCACAUUGGGGGUUGGCAUCUCAGCCAGGCUACUAAGUGAGUUUCCCAGCCUCACUGUAUCUGGAUGGCCCCUGGAACUCAGGAUGAGACUCUAGGAGGUCAGGAGAGCAUUAAGCGGUUGGCUUCAGUGAGCCCAGACUUGCUGAGCAGGCCAUCCCUAAAGGGCCACAGUCACAGGGACGAGCCACCUCCUCUCUUCACUACUUCUGUCCUUAUAGAGCCAGGUCUCCAGCAGCUGCGCUCCACUGCAGCUCACAUGAUACACCCUGAGGCAGUGACUGUCGCGAGGGCACAUUGCACCUGUGGUCACUGCACAGAGCCACCUCCUGGCCUCGCUUCCUCUGGCCCACUGUGUUUCCUCUCCUGCCUCCAGCUAUUCCUUCCCAGGCCCUUCAGUGCCAGUGUGGCUGUCCCCUUGGUAGGCCUGCUAAUGAAAAGACAGUUGUGUAUCAAAUCACCACACACAUACACACUCACACUGUCUGUCUGUCUUCCCCCACUCCUGUCACACUGCGUUCAGGCCAAUCAAACCUGCCGAGAAUGCAGGGGGCACCUUGCCUGCCCCAGCCUUCCUGGAAAGAAUAUGUCUCCAAGAGGGAGGCUGUACACUCAAGUUCAAGGUUAUCUACCUGUCUCAAUGAGAUGAUAAGCUCACUUGGGAGGGGCAUUGUAAACAAGUUUUCAGUAAGGAGAGUUAAAGUACCAGAGUUUGUAAGGGAUUCAGUGAUUUACACUUCAGCAGAUUAGAGAGAUGCAGGUUUUCACCCUCAAACACCUGCGUUCAGCUAUGCUUUCUUUUUUGGGAGAUGAGUGGGUCACUGCUGGUGCCCUGGGAGUAGCAUGUAAUCCAGGGUGUGUCCAUGGCGGUGGGUAUACUGGAGGACGCUAUCUGUCCUAUGUCACUACAGGAAAAAGGUAAUGUACUCCUGGUCUGAAUUAGGCUUGGCCACAUUUCUCAGCUCCUCCAUUUAAAUCUGUCUUCCAAGGCUGGGCUAGAACUAAACCAUUUUCUCUUCUGCAGGAAGGGUAGGCAGGUCUUUUAGAAGAACUAUACCAGGGGCAGAAUUUUUGCAGGUGGAUUCCCCAAGCAGAGGGGUGCAGAGUGUCCCUGAAGUGUCUCCGGAACAGAGCUCAGGCCUGCCAUCUCUGCUCCUGCUCCCCACCACAGGGCAUCUGGGAAGCAGUGGGGGUCUGGAGUUGUGUUUCUUAUUUUGUUUGUUUUGUGAGCAUCAGGCUUUGAAGGUCAUUUGUAUAAAUUUUGUUUUUAAAGCACUUUCUGGACUUAAGCCAGAGCUCAGUGGUUCUUUUACUGUGGAAAGGCAGCAGAAAGGGCAGAAAUGCUUUAACUGUUUGUAUGGUAUUGUUUGUUUUUGUUUUAAAUGAAAGAAAAGACCAAAACUCUCUAUGGCCCAAUGAAUCACCUGGGGCCUCUGACCCCUCACUAACUAUGGUGUUUUACCCAGGUGGGUCCCAGGAAAGAAUUUGGCCAAAUGGAUUGAGGAACACACUUGAAUUUGGAAUAAGAGACCCUGAUGUCUUGGUGUCCUUGGAAAUCCCAUCCCCUUCCUAUGCCUAUGUUCCCUUCUUGUCUCACCGGCCAGGCCCUGACACAGGUUCUGACUGUCCCCUGACAUGGGGCAAAGCCUACUGAGGGCUGGAGUGAGGGCUGGGGAGGGGAGAAUGGUGGUGAAGCACUUGAUGUAGUUGUGUGGAAUAAACAGUAUUUUUCUUUUGUA